AUGCCUUGCAGGUCUGCCAGCCCAUCCCCAGACCUAAUCAACCUGUUCACUCUCUUCCCCUACGCAUCACCACCCCAUCCCCCUCUCCUCUCCUUCUAUCUCACCUAUCCCCUCUUUAUUAUGGCUUCUAUCUCCUAUAUCAGCUUUGUCUUUCUAGGCUUUUGUUUUCUGUCUAUCUCCCUCGCUCCCUCAUUUUCAUCCAUCCCCUCACGCUCUCUCUCUCACUCCCUUUACUUUGUCUCAGUGUAUAGUGAGAUUCACGCAGACCAGCAGUUACCAGGCAACAGGCUAGAACUCUGAGACACAUGCUCACCAGCUCUCACUAGCUUUCUCUCUAUCUCUCUCUCUCUCUCUCUGUCUCUAGCUUUCUCUCUCGCUCUCACUGGCUUUCUCUCUCUCUCUCUCUCUCUCUAGCUUUCUCUCUCUCUCACUAGCUUUCUCUAUCUAUCUCUCUAUCUCUCUAUCUUUCUCUCUCUCUCUCUCUCUCUCUCUCUCUCUCUCUCUCUCUCUCUCUCUCUCUCUCUCUCUCUCUCUCUCUCUCUCUCUCUCUCUCUCUCUCUCUCUCUCUCUCUCUCUCUCUCUCUCCUGUACUGCUGGUUACUCAUAUCUUAAUCUCAAAGCGUUCCAAGGGAGUCCAAUUUCAUGGUGCUUUGAAUGUCAACUUUUACACAGGUGAAGGUGAGGUAACAAGUGUAGUCUUUGUUUUAAACUGGGUUUGACUGAUAUUGGGUUGAUUAACUGACUAGGAAUGGGAAACAUUAUAGGAAAGGUUCAGAUCUUAACAUGAGCUAUCCUCUUAACUGCUGCGUCAGGUCCAGAUUAUCCCACAUGUAAAAAGAUGUUAGCAACACCCCAACCAUGUUUGUAGUAUUAUGAUAUCAGUAAGGGGGGAUGUGGUGUAAAUGGUUUAUACUAAGUACAGUAUCUUCAUUUUGAGUGGGACUAGCGUGAUGAUUAUUUGAACCUGCCUCAAAAUUCCAAACUACACUCACCGGCCAGUUUAUCUAGUAUUGGGUCCCUUUGCCUCCAGAACAGCCUGAAUUCUAUAAGUCAGAAACGUUCCACAGGGAUGUUGGUCCAUGCUGACGCGAUGGCAUCACGCAGUUGCUGCAGAUAGGAUGGUGGUACACCACCGCCACCAGCCUGUACCGUUGACACCAAGCAGGAUGGGUCCAUGGACUCAUGCUACUUACACCAAAUCCUGACUCUGCCAUCAGCAUGACGCAACAGGAACCGGGAUUCGUCGGACCAGGCAAUGUUUUUCCAAUUCUCAAUUGUCCAGUGUUGGUGAUCGCGUGCCCACUAGAGCCACUUCUUCUUGCUUUUAGCUGAUAAGAGUGGAACUCAGUGUGGUCGUCUGCUGCAAUAGCCCAUCCUUGACAAGGAUCGACGAGUUGUGCCGUUCUUCACACCACUGUUGUACUGCGCCGUUAUUUGUCUCUUUGUGGCCCAUCUGUUAGCGUGCACGAUUCUUGCCAUUCUCCUUCGACCUCUCUCAUCAACACGCUGUUUUCGCUCACAGGGCUGCCGCUGACUGAAUGUUUUUUGUUUGUCGCACCAUUCUCGGGAAACCCUAGACACUGUUGUGCGUGAGAAGCCCAGGACGGCAGCCGUUUCUGAGAUACUGUAUCCUGCGUGCCUGGCACCGACGAUCAUACCACGCUCAAAGUCGCUUAGGUCACUCGUUUUGCCCUUUCUAACAUUCAAUCAAACAGUAACUGAAUGCCUCGAUGCCUGUCGGCCACAUGACUCACUGUCUGUAGGAGCGAUCCAUUUUCUUGAAUAAACUGUCCUGUGAGUGUAUAUUUCAAUUCAGUCAAUGGUCAAGGCAGACAGACAGACAGACAGACAGCUAGCUUUCCAUUUGGUGUGAUAAUUGUGAGAGUUUGUGGCACCCCACUGGGCAAAAACUGGUCGAAUCAACAUUGUUUCCACGUAAUUUCAACCCAAUAAAUCAAUGUGACAACGUUGAAUCACUGUGGAAAACUAAUUGGAUUUGCAAAAAGUCACCCAACUUUUUUCACCCAACUUUAACUUAAAUCCAAUGAAAUGGUGAAAUGUUUUGUUGAUUUCACGUUGAAUUCACAUUAGUUGACAACUCAACACUAGAUGUUGAACUGACGUCUGUGCCAAGUGGGACCUAACGUGACAUCGUUGGACUAACUCCUCUAUAAUAACACUCAGUUCGAGAGUUGAGAGAGCUGAUCCUCAGCAGCUAAUUAAGCUCUCGUUAAGAGAAAUCGCUCCUCAUGGCUGCUCUGAUGAGGUACGCAACAGAGAGCUGAAACUAUCUCCAAAUCCUAGACACAGUAGGAAGCCAAGGACUGAAUACAUUUAGUAGGCAGUGCCAGCAGUUUUUCCUGACCUUGUGACAUGAAGAUAAAAAACUCUGGGCCCUAUAAUUAUAGCCUAUGUAUAACUACGAACAUAGUUUUUCCUGUCAGGCCAUGUGAUCAGGAAAACCUCCUGGGUCUAUGUACAGUAUAGACCAGUGGAGGUGUCACUUAAAUCGGAGGACAUGCUCUUUGUAAUGGCUGGAAUGGAAUGAAUGGAAUGAUAUUAAACACAUGGAAUGGCAUCAAACACAUGGAAACCAAUUGGAAUGGAAACCAUGUGAUUGAUGUGUUUGAUACCUUUCCAAUCAUUCUGUUUCAACCAUUGCAAUAAGCCACCCUCCCUCCACCAGCCUCCACUGGUAUAGGGAUGACAAUCAACUGUAUACUAAGAUACAGAUACAGUUAUAUUUUCAUCAUGCACUGAUAACCACAGACAUUUUAUAGUUUUGUAAUAACACAUCAAUUGCAGCCCAUUUAUUUGUUCUGUUUGAGCUAGUUGCGCAUUUGGGAAAGUACAACUUUUCACAGUCCUGGAGUGGUUCCUCUCAUGAACAAUGGGGAAACACGCAACUGAAAAAGUCAGUGUCAAGUCUGAAAUGUAUCUCAGGGAUAGGAAGUCCCUAGUGGAACAGAAUGCCCUCCUUUUUCACCUCAAAGCUGCCAUGCGAUCGAUCAUGUCGCUCUCCUGCUGUGGUGUGUUUUGAUCAAGGAGAGUGGACUGGUUCUCUGGAGACCAAGAGGAAAUCACAAAGAAUGGUAGAGGUAGGGAAGGGAAGGAGGGAGGGAGGAGGGGAAGACAGCAAAUUAAGGCUUUGAAGAAGAAGAAACACUAUCAUUCACUCAGCUUCCCCCUAGGUAGAAUUGUGCUUUGUAAAUAUGUUAUAUAACCAAGGAUAUGCCCACACACUUCACUUUAGAAAUGUUGGUAGAUGACAAAAAGCACAUUAUAACCUGAAGCGGGAGUUUGAAUAGGCCUAUGUGUUCUGCCAUUGAAACGACUCUCUCUCAUCCUAUCUUCUCUCUCAUCCUAUCUUAUAAUGAACGGUCACAGAGUGAGAUGGAUGGAAAGUGAUUGGUUGAACGUGAUUGGUUGACGUUGUUGCCAAUGAGGCGAAGUAAAAUAGGAACCAGGUUUCUCAUCUUUCUGUUUCUUGUGGCCAUAGCGAUGAGGAGGAGAUGCGGAAGUCUUUCUCAGAGCUGGGGGACACCAGCCAGGCAGACUCCACCUCUAAACAAAUGAAGAGCAUGGCCAGCGGCGGGAAACCCCUAGUGGCCAUGGCCCAGCCCUCGGGAGCCCUGCUGUACAAGAACGGCUUCCUGGUGCGCAAGGUGCACGCCGACUCAGACGGCAAGAGAAGUACGUGCCAAAACCAUAUACAUACACUACCAGUCAAAAGUUUGGACACACCUACUCAUUCAAGGGUUUUUCUUUAUUUUUAGUAUUUUUUACAUUGUAGAAUAAUAGUGAAGACAUCAAAACUAUGAAAUAACACAUAUGGAAUCAUGUAGUAACCAGAAAAGUGUUAAACAAAUCAAAAUAUAUUUUAUAUUUGAGAUUCUUCUAAUAGCCACCCUUUGCCUUGAUGACAGCUUUGCACACUCUUGGCAUUCUCUCAACCAGCUUCACCUGGAAUGCUUUUCCAACAGUCUUGAAGGAGUUCCCACAUAUGCUGAGCACCUGUUGGCUGCUUUUCCUUCACUCUGCAGUCCGACUCAUCCCAAACCAUCUCAAUUGGGUUGAGGUCGGUGGAUUGUGGAGGCCAGGUCAUCUGAUGCAGCACUCCAUUACUGUCCUUCUUGGUAAAAUAGCCCUUGCACAGCCUGGAGGUGUGUUGGGUCAUUGUCCUGUUGAAAAACAAAUGAUAGUCCCACUAAGCCUAAACCAGAUGGGUUACUACCAGGGGCGGUGUGUUCAAUAGGGCGAUAUGGGCGACGCACUGCCAAACGGGAAAAGGAAGGGAUUUUUUUUCUAAUCAAUUAUAUCACGGCAACAGUAGUUAUCAGUGUUGUAAUCUAGACGUCUGAUCUGCCACAGUGCCACUAAAUGUCCAAUCAGGCUAAAGUCGUGCUUCAAAUGGCCCCCCCCCCUUUUGGGGCGAUUUCAGUCAGGUUGAAAAUCGCCCAGAAGUCUGUCAUAGACUCCCAUGUAAAAUCUAUUUUUUUCAAAUAUCAGAGCUUUCAAUACAAUCUCUAUGGGUUUCUGAGGGCUUGCACUUACGCGCUUUCGUCAUACGUAACAUAACCAUGAACGUAACUAAGAAAAGAGCGGGUAGCAGCGUCAAUCAAUUCACUAUUACUGUCAAAAUGGCUAGGCUUCAGUGCAACUCGAUUGUGUCUUUGAAAGAAGUUCCUUUUUGUCGGCGAACAAAUGAAGAUAAAUUGGCAACGAAACAAUUAGGACCUCCCAGACCAAAUUUAAUAAUUCAACAGGUUUCUACUAAAGGGGGGAAGUCCUACACCCGAGGAUUUUCCAAAAAUUGGUACGAACGAAAAACCUGGCUAGCAGGCUGCGAUGUAGCUAAUGCAGUCUUCUGCUACCCCCUGCUUACUCUUUCACCCUGAAGGCGGCACGGCAGACAGCACCGCUUGGACAGCGACUGGUGUGUAACGGACAUGCACCAUCUUUCAGGAAAGAUUAAGAAACAUGAGCUGUCAAAGACCCACAUGGAUAGCUGUUUGAGAUUGUCUGCUUUGGGGAGAGUGAACAUUCCCACUCAACUGGAUGAGGGAUACAGGCUAGCUGUCCGCCGCCACAACGAUGAGGUUAGUGUUGAUAAUCACAAGUUUACUGGAGAACUGAAACUGACAAGGCUGACAAGAUAGGACCCUUUUGUCCAUUGUUAUUGGAUAGGAACAGAACUUAUAACCAGCUCCUGACCUAAAUAGAUCUUAGCACAACAUUUUACUCAACAUAUCAUAUUCCAUAUUCACUAUAACAAAUAUAUUUACUACGACAUUAGCAAGAACCGCCACAUCCUCAGCCGGCUAAUCCAGUGUGUGAAGUUUUGCGGAGUGUUUGAGUUAGCUUUGCGAGGCAAAGAUGAAACUGAGGGCUCCACCAACCCUGGUAAGCCAACACUUUUGAGAUCAGUCAAUAAAUGCUUCUGGUAUUGACUUAUAUGCUGCCCCUGUCUUCAUGUUGUUGCUGGACAUAUCUUUUUUUAAAUGUGUGUAGGUCACCUAAAUCAUCAGAAAAAUUGCCCCCCCUGAGAAUUUUUUCAGGAGCCGCCACUGGUUACUACAUGAUUCCAUAUGUGUUAUUUCAUAGUUUUGAUGUCUUCACUAUUAUUCUACAAUGUAGAAAAUAGUAAAACUAAAGAAAAACCCUUGAAUGAGUAGGUGUGUCGAAACUUUUGACUGGUACUGUACAUGUAUAGCUCAUUGGUCCAAACCCCCUAUUGACCCCCUAUAAGUCCUCAUAGUAUGUGUCAAACCCCUAUCCUCUCCAUAUCCUCAUCGCUGUUUAUUCGUUAAUCCUACUCAUUUAGUCUUUCACUGUUACUUUAGCAGCAGCUACAGUAUACUUCUUGUGGUCCACAUACAGUAAAUCGUAUGAUUCUCAUUGUAACAAUGAGAGUGUUUUGGCUCUGUUCCAACAUCCAUACUAGCCUACCACUUAGUAGGAAGCAAUGUAUUGAGUAUAUAAAGGUGUGAUGUUAGUAUGGACAUGUGAAGGUGACCUGUGUUUUGACCGAACUAUUCUCCUGAUCACAGCACCGCGUGGUAAAAGAGGAUGGAAGACGUUCUAUGGCAUUCUGAAGGGGCUGGUUCUCUACCUGCAGAAGGUGAGCAGCUCCUGCCGAUGGGAGCAGGUGUGACAAAACUUCUGUCACUUCUGUCUCACUUUAUGAACUCACGAGACAUUCACUGUUCCGCACCACAGAACAUUGCCAAAUGUUCUGAAAAGUCUAAAAGUCUACGUACUCGUAUUCAGUAACGAUACAGUAUAUACGUUUCUGCACCAAAGAAAACCCCCCAAAAGACUGCUAAGUUACAUACUCAUAUACAAUAACAUGUGUGAUAUACGUAUACCAAUAUUUGAUUGACAUACACUGAAAUACUAAAACCACUCAUAUAGAUCCACUCUCCAACCAUGCGGAUGGAUUUUCAUAUCCUGAUAAGUGUUGAUAUUAUCAGAAUGAGAUAAUUCACAAAGGUUGAGUCCUUGGUUCAGUGCCUUCAUACUACAGUCCUCGGACCUGGCACUGCCCUCUAUGCCCAUAUAGACCAGUGGUCCUGGCCUUUGCUACAGCCAGCCCUGCCAGCUUCUUGGGCUUGUGUUCUGCUAACUGAACGGAAGCAAGGGUCCCAUCCAGAGAUGUUAUCAUUGCGAUGCAGCUGUGCCAAUGAUUUAUGUACUGUAUGUCUAUGGGCAGUGCUCUCUAGUCCAACACUCAUGUCUGCUUUGGGGAGAAGCAAGGCCCUUUACUGGGGUGUCAAAAAUACCCUUUUCCUUAGUAUGGUUUGUUUUGUAACAUCCCAACAACAAGUCAUCCUGCAGAAAGAGAGGUCUGGACACAGUUAUCUACUAGAGUGUCCUGAUUCAAUCAUCAACAGUGCAGUUAAAAUCAAUUGCUGUGUUUUAUGAUUGAUGACAUUUCACACCAUAACAUCCAAUGCUAACUUACUGAUGCUUGACAUUCACACAUUAAAACUCAAUUAGAUUAUCGGUACUCAAAGAACCAUCUGGGCAUUGCAUACACUACCCUGUGGUCAGAAGAACUACUGCAAUGGUCAAUAAUGAUCAAAAUGAUGUAUUCACACUUUAUGAUGAUUGUCAUUGUUUGACCGUGGAGGGAGAGUACCGGCCAGAUAAGCAGCUGACGGACGAAGAUCUGAAGAACGCUGUGUCCAUCCACCACUCUCUGGCCAUGAGGGCUGCCGACUACAGCAAGAGACCCAAUGUGUUCUACCUCCGCACCGCCGACUGGAGGGUCUACCUCUUCCAGGCACCGUGAGUCCCAUCCCUCACUACACUGUUCUUGUCUCAUCCAUUCUUAACACACCUCAAAGACUGACUUAUACCUUGCUUUCUCACACUCCUGUAAGAUCGAGCCAUCCCUCGUUUUUACGAGUUGGGGUUACACACUUUCAAUUGAAUGCGAGAUGGUUCAUUCUUUGGCUUGGAGCCAUAUCCUGCAACUUAUUCUUAAUUGCACAGCACACAUCCACCUCGGUCAAUAAACCUGAGCUUGACUUAGCAAGGUCACCCUCCUCCUCUUGUCUCCUUGUUUGACCACUAGCUGUCUCGCCCCCAGUCUCUCCCCUUCUCACCAGCCAAAUAAUGGCUGUUGCUACCUCCUGCUGUGUGUGUGUGUGUGUGUGUGUGCGUGCUUGUGUUUGGGAGGAGGAGGGCAGUGGGGGGGUGUAAAUUCAGGAUGCAGAGGCACAUGAUGUGGCCACAUGUUCCAGUCACCCAGGAGGACCGGCUCUGCUCCAGUUGCAGCCUGCAUUUGUCCCAGAUACCUUCCUCUCUCUCUCCCUCUCUCUCUCCCUUUCUUUCUCUCUCCCUCUCUCUCUCACUCUCCCUCCCUUUCUCUCUUCUGUCUCCCCCUCCCUCCCCUUUUUCUUCCUCUCUCUCCUUUCUCAGCCAGUGUCCAGGGAGUUGUGACAAAGCUCUCUGACUCAAUCGGAUUACUCUCUAAUGGCCCUUAGUAGAUAACACCAAUUUUUCUCAUCUAUUAAUUGGCCCCUCAAUUAUUCCUUUGCCAAAAGCAAAGCGGCGUUUCUCAAUUCAGUAGCUGUGAUGAAAAUCACUAUGAUGUCUUAGUUAGCUCUGUGCGGUGGGGAUUGAUAUGUGUGUGUGGGGUGAGGGGGGGGGGGGGGGGGGGGGUGUAUGUGCGUGCAAGUCCAUCUUUGGUAUGUGUUUGUGCAACAAGAUCUCACAAACUCACUGUGUGUGUGUUUGGUUUGUCCGUCAUAGAAACACGGAGCAGAUGCAGUCGUGGAUCACGCGCAUCAAUACGGUAUCAGCCAUGUUCUCGGCGCCACCUUUCCCUGCAGCCAUUGGUUCACAGAAGAAAUUCGCCCGACCGCUGCUGCCAUGCUCCACCUCCAAACUGUCACAGGUACCCUCCUUCACACCAUAUCAUCAUAUCACCAAUCAAAUUGACUAUACCAUAUCACCACCAUGAUUUUAAAAAAUCACUCUUUAAAAUGAAUGAGUAAAUGCGAUUAUUUUAAAGGUCCACAAGGACAAAACUCUGUCAGGCCUACAGAGUUGACAUGAGUGAUGAUGAUGUGCUGGGAGAAAAUACAUGGCUGUCUAUCUUUCCAUCACCCUGGUCAGGUAACCUGGGUGGUGAACUCUGAACUCUGAGUAUAUGUUCUUACAGGAGGAUCAGGUCCAGUCCCAAGAGGCUCGGUUCCGGGCCAUCUCCACUGAACUGGCCGAGCUGCGCUCGUAUCCUCCAGACCGAAAGGUCAAAGGCCGCGAGCUGGAGGAGUACCGCCAGCGGGACGAGUACCUGGAGUUUGAGGUGAGCCCGAGGCGACAGUGUGUGAACUUUUGAAAGGCAACAGAAAGGAAAAGAAAGAAAUGGGAAUUCAGUCGAGCGUUAAGCAAUUAUGCAGCACUGCAUUUCUGUCUCAUUCACUUCCUCUGCUUCCCCUCUCUCCGUUUCUUGCCUUCUCUCGCUCUCCCUCUCUCUCCCCGUCUCCUGUGCUUUCUCACCACCUUUCUCAAUCUCCCUCUACCUUCCCUCCUCUCCCUCUGUCCCCCUCUGCCUCCAUCCCCACCCUCUUCUGUAAUGUAGAAAACGCGCUACGGUACCUACGCCAUGCUGCUGCGGGCCAAGAUCCGCUGCGGCGAGGAUGACCUGUCCGUAUUCGAGGCCCAGAUCCUGGAGGACAACGGGCUGCAGCGCGCCCACUCCAGCCCCACGCUGCAGGACUCCAGCCAGGCCAGCCAGGCCUCCCAGGGCAGCAGCACCAAGGAGCCGGUGGGCUGCAGCGGCAUAGGAAAAGGCUCCAAGCGCACGGAGGGCCAGAGAUACAGCUACCGCCAGGCCGUCAAGAAGUGA